AAGAAACUAUUUUGGAAACUUAAAAAUCGGCAUUUUAUUAAUCCACAUAAUCACCUUUUGUUGUGUUGUGCGUAUUUGCCUAGUAUGGCUUAUUAAAAGCCCCUAAUAAAAAUAACCCAGACAGCAAGCCAGGCAUUAAUCAUUUUUAAGAAAAUACACAUUUGCAUUUCCAUUUCAAGUAAUCAGAAAAAUUGUGCAUUAUUUUAGGACUAAAGAAGGCGAUGCAUUCAUAUAAAUAGACACAGUGUGGAAGAAACUCCACGUCAUAAUUUCUGUGUUCAGAACUUAAAGUGUUCUUUAAGCAGUUCUCCAAAAAUAAUUAAAAUUGUCUAAAAUGAAAUUCUUCAUUGUUGCCUUGGCUUUGGUUGCCGCCGUUAUGGCUGAUGUCUCCGAAUUGUCAUCGGGUUAUGAUUAUCACGCCCCAGCUCCUUCGGCUCCAGUCAACACCUAUAUCCCACCAGCUGCUUCGGAGCCCGUCAACACUUAUGUUCCUCCCGUGGCUGCUUCGGAACCCGUCAACACUUAUGUACCCCCUGUAGCUGCCUCUGAACCUGUCAACACUUAUAUCCCACCCGCAGCUGCCUCGGCUCCUCAACCAACUGUUGAAUUGGCCGAUGAUGGUUAUCGUUACAAGACCCACCGUCGUGUUGUCUACCGUAAACGUUUCUAAAUCAAAGAGUUUGGUAUUUUUUGACAGUGUUUUGUU